AUGCCAAACUGGGGAGGAGGCACCAAGUGUGCGGCCUGUGAGAAGACGGUGUACCACGCAGAGGAGAUCCAGUGCAACGGGAGGAGCUUCCACAAGACCUGCUUCCUCUGCAUGGGCUGCAGAAAAGGGCUGGACAGCACCACGGUCGCGGCGCACGAGUCUGAGAUUUACUGCAAGUCCUGCUACGGCAAGAACUACGGGCCGAAAGGCUACGGAUACGGGCAAGGAGCCGGGGCUCUGAACUCGGACCCCCCUCGACGCGGGGUCCUGAAGGCUCAAGAGCCUAAACCACGACCAGGUUCCUCAAACUCUAAUGAAAACACAUCUUCCCCGAAGUUCGGAUGUUCAGACCGCUGCCCUCGCUGCUCCAAGGCCGUCUUCGCAGCGGAGAAGGUGAUGGGAGCCGGGAAGCCCUGGCAUAGAACCUGUUUCCGCUGCGCCCUGUGUGGGAAAAGCCUGGAGUCGACAACAGUGACGGACAAGGAGGGAGAGCUGUACUGUAAAGUUUGCUACGCCAAACACUUCGGGCCAAAGGGAUUUGGGCUGGGGAACGCCGCCAUGUUGGAUUAAUGACAGGAAACUCUUCUGGUUUUAAACUCUUCGCUGUGUUUACACGGCAGCUUUUUACCCCGUUCCCUUUGACCCUGGAGGACGUUUUUGUAAUAGAUGACGGACGUCAUAACAAUAACAUAUUGGGCAUCACAAUCAUGGGCACAUGGG